ACGACUUGAGAUUUGAGAAUUGAUUUAUUCCGUAAGCGCAUUCAUGUAAAAUAGGUCACAACCAGCAGAAUCCUUCGUUCACCCGCCGCGGAGCUCACAUUAGCUUUACGGACAUCAGAGUCGAAAAACGCGCGGCGGUGGUGAAAGUAUUUCUCUCUGCGCACGCAGUUCUCUCGCAUUUUAGAAAUCGCCAAUUUGCCGAUACUUCUUCGUAUAGUUAGCGAUAAAUCAAGAUUUUUAGAGAGAGAAAAUCCGAAACAUCGAACAGAACGGGAGAGAUUUAAGUUUCGAAGUGCGGGGAUGGCAGCAAAGGAUAAACAGAAUCUGGUUAUCCGUUACUGUCAUUGUUCGAACCCUAAUUUUAUGCGAUUCUCUCGUGUUCUUCAAGCUUUUGAUGUUUGUUGAUAAACUGAUGUCGGAAGCUCAAGAAACCCUAACAAUCCAGUAUCGGAAGAACUCGAAAAAAGCCUUCUUCAUUUGCUUCUCUUAUUUCUCUCAAUUCGUUUUCGCAUUAUUAAGAUGCUGGGAUUGGAAGCCUGGUUUAGUGAUUUGACUGCGUCGGAAGUUCCAGUUUUCAGGGAUUCCAGUUCUGUUUUCUUUGUUGGUGGUGGACUGUUUUUGGAUUCUACUGUUCCUGCUUCAUUUGUUUCUUUGAUUUCGACUGGGAGUUCCUCGUGUGGUGGUAUUUCUAGUUCACACUCUUCUUCUUCUUCUUCUUCUUCUCUUAGAAGUCGAAAACCAGUUGUUUUUGGGGUGUACAGGCGAGUCAAGGGAGACUUGCGAGUACUUGGUCAUGGUUUUUUGUCGGUGAGUCUGUCAGUUAAGGCAAGUGAUGGAUUUGUUCAGGAAUCAAAUGGUUUAUUGCACCAAAAUGGGGAGAAAAGUCAGGAGGAGGCGGUGGUCUUUGAAGAGGAUAAGGAGCAGAAGGUUGGGUUACGACGAGCGGGUGCCAUGAACACCACGAAGCAUCUUUGGGCUGGAGCGGUUUCUGCAAUGGUAUCGAGAACUUUUGUUGCCCCUCUGGAGAGACUAAAACUGGAGUAUAUAGUUCGCGGUGAACAGAGGAAUCUUUUUGACCUCAUCAAAACAAUUGCUGCCACCCAAGGCGUGAAAGGCUUCUGGAAGGGGAACUUCCUAAAUAUUCUUCGUACAGCUCCAUUUAAGGCUGUGAAUUUCUAUGCUUAUGAUACAUAUCGAAAACAACUUCUAAAAAUUUCAGGGAAUGAGGAAACAACAAAUUUUGAGAGGUUCGUUGCUGGUGCUGCAGCUGGCAUUACAGCUUCUAUACUCUGCUUACCAAUGGAUACGAUCCGAACAAAGAUAGUGGCACCCGGUGGUGAAGCCUUGGGUGGAGUCAUUGGUGCUUUUCGUCACAUGAUCCAAACUGAAGGGUUCUUUUCCCUUUACAAGGGCUUAGUGCCCUCUUUAUUAAGCAUGGCACCCUCUGGUGCAGUUUUCUAUGGUGUGUAUGAUAUAUUGAAAUCAGCUUAUCUGCAUUCUCCUGAAGGAAGGAAGAGAAUUGAGCACAUGAAACAACAAGGUGAAGAACUGAAUGCUUUCGACCAGCUGGAGUUGGGUCCCAUGAGAACUUUGCUAUAUGGCGCUGUUGCUGGUGCCUGUGCUGAAGCUGCAACAUAUCCGUUUGAAGUUGUGCGGAGACAGCUUCAGAUGCAAGCUCAAGCUACAAAAUUAAGUGCAGUGGCAACAUGUGUCAAGAUAGUUGAGCAAGGUGGUGUCCCUGCACUUUAUGCAGGGCUCAUUCCCAGCUUAUUACAGGUUUUGCCUUCGGCUGCUAUCAGUUAUUUUGUAUAUGAGUUCAUGAAGAUAGUUCUCAAAGUAGAAUGAACACAAAAUGCUAGAGAUUCCCAUGAAAGUCUUGCAGGGUUCACUUUGUCUGACACAUAUUGCAUGGUUGGUCGAGAUUGCGUAUUGCUCUGCGAACAAGAAAAUACCAGCUUCAUAAUAGAGACCACUUCCUCAGCAACUUAAUUUUCAGCUGGUGAAUUAUGCUGGUCAAGAUCCUUCAAUAUGUUUUGCUCAAUAGAUGGCAAUGUUGAAGAGGAUAGUGAUGGCAGAGUGGAGCUGAGUUCUACUGGAUGCCUUCCCAUUAUUAGUUCCAGCAUAACCAUCCCAAAGCUAUAGACAUCACAUUUUUCAGUUACUGAAAAAAUAAGUCUUCAGAUCUUGGAUGAUGUAAAUAUUCUCUCUUUAGGUUUCAUGA